AUGCAGCAGUUGGUGCGGAGCCUGGUGCGUUCCGAACUCCCGUCUGAGUCUGAUGAGCGCCUGGAGGAGCUCUUCCUCAUCGUCUUCCGGCAGCUCAGUUGUGCUCUGCGGCCCCAAGGUGCAGCUGAGCAGGCAGUGGUGGAGGAACUCAUCGUGCAACACCUGCAAGGUCUUCGGAGGAGCGACCGCGGCCUGGACAGGCACUUGCGAUUUCAGGGCUUGAAGAACCGAUUGCGCCACUGGCUCUGUGCUGGCAGGGCCAGGUGUGGCAUCUUUUCGCUACUCUUCCUUCUGCGUGGAGACACGUUUUCAGGAGAGAGGAGCCGAUUUCUGCGACAGUGCCUAGCAGUGCAGCCAGCAGAGCAGCUAGCAGGGGGCUCACAGAUUCAUGGAUUGAUUGAUUUGCAGGACCCUGCUCUCGCAGCCCAUCUUUCGCGCUGGAAGGACUGCACUGCCUCGGAACGCGACUCUCUGGACUUUGGCUGUGACAUUACCUCUCAGGGAGGCGCAGAGCUUGCAGAGCUUGCAGAGCGCGCGGAGCUCGCAGCGCUCGCAGAGCUCCGAGGCCUGCGGGGCUCACAGUCCACAGCCGGCAGCCCCUCACUUUACGGUCUCCUUCCCGGGGAGGGUCAAGUGGGCUGGCAGCUUGGGCUUGGAGCCCCGAGGCAGCUGCCAGAGGCCAAAGUUGGGAGGGCCAAGCUGGUACGGGACCUGCUCUUUGCCUUGCAGGGUGUUGCCAGCGAUUGCUUCAAGCUCGACAGCUCCUUCGACGUGGAUCCCGCCGUGGUCCUGUCGAGGCCUGCCUGGGCGGUCUCCCAGCGGGUCUUGGAGCUGGCAACUUUGCACGCACGGCUGACGCGGCCCGGGGCAAGCAAGGAUGGGGAGGAGGGCCUGCUGCAGCAGGCUCUGGGCGAAGCGUUGCGGCAACAGCUCCAGGACUAUUAUGAGGGUUUAGCGCUGCUGAUGUCAAAGCCUCCAAGCCUUCGUAGCCUUUGGGCACGGCUGCUUGGUCCUCGUGCACGUCUGGGCUUUCUGGCAGCCCUUUCUGAGGCCAGUCGCGGCAUCCCUGGUGGAGCUUUGACCUCCACAGUCUUUGCUUUUGCACAAACUGGAGACGAAAUGGUACAAGAGAUCGCCACCGCAAUCCUGAGCUCUGUGGUCAAGCCAUUGAUGACGAUGAUCCGGGUGUGGAUGACCGAAGGCGAGCUGCAGGACCCCUUUGGGGAGUUCUUCGUGGCCACGGCCUCCGUCCCCCUGGAAGAGCUCUGGACGCGCAUGUACUUCUUGGAAUUGGAGAUGGUCCCCAGCUUCAUUACGCUCGAGCUCGCCCGGAAGAUCCUCCUCACAGGCAAAUCCGUGAACUUCAUUCGCCUUUGCUGUCCUAAGCACAGAGGCGCACGAGGCUUUCCAGAGUUGCCGGAGCUGGAUUUGGAAGACCUGGAGGCUCUACGCACCCCAGGCACCCCAGGCCCAGCAAGAUCGACCAGGAGUGCUUCGGGAUUGGUGUCGCCUGCCCUUGGCCUGGCGGAGCGCGUGGAGGUGGCAGCUCAGCAGACCAACGAACACCUUGUGAAGCUGCUCAUGGAAGACUACGCUCUGCGGGAUCAUGCUUUGGCCCUGAGGCGUUUCCUCCUCUUGGGCCAGGGUGACUUCGUUGAGAGCUUGCUGGACGCAGCCCAGGAGGAGCUGAACGCAGAGGCCAGCAGCAUCCAGCGGCAUCAGUUGAUGGGUCUUCUGGACAUGGCGCUGCGGCAGUCCAAUGCGCAGUUCUUCAGCUCUGAAGUGCUGGCACGCCUGGGUGUGAAGUUGUUGAGCCCGUCGCCUGGCGAAUGUGGAUGGGACAUCUUCUUGCUGGACUACCAAGUCGACGCUCCGAUCAAUGUGGUUUUUACACCCGCUGCCAUGCGGAAAUACGAUCGGGCCUUCGCCUUCCUUUGGAAGCUGAGGCGAGCGUCGCAUGCUCUAGCUGCAAGCUGGAAUCAACACAUGGCGCUUCAGAGACACCUUGUGUCUCUGGCUCAAUUUAAGCCCGAGAUGCGCCAGACGCUGCACCGCUGCACCUGCCUUCGCAACGAGAUGCACCACUUCGUGCAAAACAUCCAGAGUUAUGUCUUCGAGGUGCUGGACACUUCCUGGGCUAAGCUGCAGGCAGGCUGGCGUGCCUGUGCCGACCUGGACGAGGUGAUCUCUUUGCACGAAGGAUAUUUGCGAAGCAUCGAAGAGGGCGCCUUCCUGGCGCCUGGCUGCGAGGUGGUGCUUGAUGGCAUCACGGAGCUUCUCUCCUUCGUGGUUGGAGGUGGAGAAGGUGGAGAAGGUGGAGAGGCGAACACAGAUGUUGCGGGAAUCCCCGCUUUUCGGGAAAAAGCAGCUCAAGGACGUGCACGUGGAUUUGGAGAUUUCUGCAACCUGCAGAACCAGGCCUGCGCUGCAUCUCUGGAAGCUGCAGAAGCCAUGAUGGAGGCAGAGGCGGAGGCAGAGGCGGAGGUCGUCAGCGUGUUCCAGGCACUGCGCAGUCAGCCCUUUGCGCGCUCCCUGGCCGAGUGCCGCGCGCAGCUGGACUGCUUGGCUUCGGCCUUUGCCACGAAGCUGCAGCAGCUCCUCACAAAGCUGCAGCAGGAGUUGCCCGAGCUCAGUUUCCUGUGUUGCCGGCUGGACUUCAACGGCUACUAUGACACGAGCCUUGAGGCUUGA